AGGUAGGUAGGUAUACAUACCCUAGGUACCUAGGUAUACAUGCCUAGUGGUAAUAUUUAAUGGCCUUGACCUGACCACGAGUGUGUCGCGCCUUCCUUCUCUCGUACCUGCCGCCAUCUCUUACCUACCUACCCUAUGUGCCUGCCUAAUAUAAGGUAUUGCCAGGUAGGCUAAGGAAGGAGCCUUCUAACUCAUUAGGGGUGGAGAAGAAAGGGGAGGGGGCCCUGCCUCUUGCCUCUUGCCUCUUCAAACCUUCACAUAACAUUCACAUAACAUUCACAUAACCUUCCAACUCCAUCUUUUCUGUUAUGCAGGAACCCGUCCUACUCCAUCAAUAUUCCAACUCCACAUCAACCAUUUGAUCAUGAUGGAGUCAGUAGCCUAUACCUGUCUCAAAUGCGCCCAAGUCCUAGGCCAGAGUCCCAACGCGUGGAUCAAGAUUGGCAAAGCCUACAUGAGUCCCGUCACUGGCAAUGAAAACAUGAAUCUUACAUUUAUAGGCCCUCGAAAGAAAAUGGAAGAUAAGACUUUGCUAGAUGGUUGCGAGGUCCAGAACAUAGCGUGUAAUGAGUGCAAUGCCCUGAUUGGAUUCGCCUGUCUCAAGACCCCGACCAACUAUGCUCUUCAUGAUUCCAAAACAUUCCUACGACUCGACUCCGUGAGUUUCAAUCCUUUGAAUCAGGUUGGCCCUAUCAAACCCAACAUUCAGAGGAAGCUCAGACUCGAAGAAAUUGUAUCACCACGCACUAGAACUGAUGCAAGCUCAUCAUCUCGUUAUGAGUAUGACUUGAGAUUAACGCGGAGAGAGGUGGAAGAAAUGAGGGCAGCAAUGAUCUCUAUCAGGGAGGAAGUGAGAAGUGUCAGGGAGGGAGUGAAGGACAUCAUCCAGGAGUUCCGAAACUCAUUACAAGAGUUUUGAAACGACAAACGACUCUGUGUUCCUAACACGAGAAAUCAAGAUACUUACGACUGCCUUCACUCAUAUUGACCAGAAAAUGAGCAAAGUUGAGACCUUACAAUGCGACGUUGAGAUUUUAACACGGGCGUUGAUUUGAGCACCGCUCCAGGUAUACUAGCAACCAUAGUACAAUACCACAAUCUAGCUUUCCCAAGAGUCACAAUCUGAUGAAUUCGCACUUUAGUAGAACUCAGAAACCAUGU